AUCACACCAACGUUGCUGUGGAAAAGUGAUGCUAGUCUAAUUCUCCUAGGCACCGCAACUAGUGCUUUUUUAGCUCAUGGCUUGAGGUUGGUGAAGGGUAUCACGCCUACCCAGAUCGACAGCUGGGUCACAGCGUCUAAUUACGCUAUAACUGGUCUAUUCCUACCCAUCCAUGGCGAUUUUUGA